GGGGUUCCAAGCGAGCACGGCCGCUUGGGGUGGGUCGGGGCUUUCGGCGCGCCCUUCAUUGAAGCGGCGGUGGCCGGGCUGGGCGCCGGAAGUGGGAAGCGACGGCGCGGCUGGAAAAUGCCGGUCCAUUCCCGAGGGGAUAAGAAGGAGACGAAUCAUCACGAUGAGAUGGAGGUGGACUACGCCGAGAACGAGGGGAGCAGCUCGGAAGACGAGGACACAGAGAGCUCGUCGGUCUCCGAGGAUGGAGACAGCUCAGAAAUGGAUGAUGAAGACUGUGAAAGAAGGAGAAUGGAGUGCUUAGAUGAAAUGUCCAAUCUUGAAAAACAGUUUACCGAUCUGAAAGAUCAACUUUAUAAAGAACGAUUAAGUCAGGUGGAUGCAAAACUACAAGAAGUCAUAGCUGGAAAAGCACCAGAAUAUUUGGAACCACUGGCAACUUUACAAGAAAAUAUGCAAAUUCGUACAAAGGUAGCAGGAAUCUAUAGAGAGCUCUGCUUAGAAUCUGUAAAGAACAAGUAUGAAUGUGAAAUUCAAGCUUCUCGCCAGCAUUGUGAGAGUGAAAAGCUUUUGUUGUAUGAUACAGUCCAGAGUGAGCUGGAGGAGAAAAUCAGAAGACUUGAGGAGGACAGGCACAGCAUUGACAUCACCUCAGAGCUGUGGAAUGAUGAACUUCAAUCAAGAAAAAAGAGGAAGGACCCCUUCAGUCCUGACAAGAAGAAGCCAGUUGUUGUUUCAGGUCCAUAUAUAGUUUAUAUGCUACAAGAUCUUGAUAUUCUUGAAGACUGGACAACAAUUAGAAAGGCAAUGGCUACACUGGGUCCACACAGAGUGAAAACAGAAUUUUUUGAACUGACCCCUUUAGUGCCUGUGAAACUAGAAAAGCAUCUGCACAGUGCCAGGUCUGAAGAGGGGAGACUAUAUUAUGAUGGCGAGUGGUAUAUACGUGGACAAACAAUAUGCAUUGAUAAGAAAGACGAAUGUCCCACAAGUGCUGUAAUUACAACAAUUAACCAUGAUGAAGUUUGGUUUAAGAGGCCUGAUGGAAGCAAAUCUAAGCUUUACAUUUCGCAGCUACAGAAAGGAAAAUAUUCAAUUAAACAUUCGUAAUUAUGAUUUAAGUGUUAUCUAAAUCUACCUUAUUAGUGUUACCAAGUGUGAUGUGCCAUGGGAGUUAAAUAAAUGUAUUCAGUAACUUAAUAUUCUAUCCAAUCAUGAGAGAAUAUGUAGUUCUAGGUAGUACUCGUAAAUAGACCUCAUAUCUACGUUAGUAAAAGAAGCAGUGAUAAAAAUUUAAUCAUGAUGGUUACAUUUAUUUGCUCCUUAAGCCCAAUGACCAGUAGGUAUGUAUGGUAGGGGUUUCUUUCUGAAUUUUUUUCUUUUUUUAAAAAAAAUUAUAUGAAUUGUCUUAUCUAUCUAUAUGAAACCAUGGCUACGUUGAUCUGCAUUUUUAAAAGUAUUCCAUAUCUUUGUAAAUAAGAUGGAUAAAAUGUUUCCUAUACAUGAUUUGUACUAGUACAUUAGUUUAAAUCAGAAUGAAAUUUAAGCAUAUAUAUGUGAAGGUGUAUAUAUAUCAUCAGUUUAUUUAGAACUGAUGGCCUGAACCUUACAAUCUUGUUUUACCCAAAAUGAAACUAUUGGGUUUGAAAGGUAAAAGGAGCACUUUUGUAGACUAGCUUUCCUUCUCCUCUUCCUUGAUUGUAUGGUGGUGACCUGUUUUUACAAAUUAUGCUUAGUGUUAAUUAGUAAGGUAUGUGUCAAAUGUUACGAUGUUUCUACCUGUAUUCCUGCAAUCCCUUAGAGGGCAGGUGUUUGUGCCUGUAUUUAUGAUGCACUAUGUAUGUGGUGAACAGUAAUGGCAGUAUUGUGGUCUUGCUGUACUUGUCUCAGCUUUUGGAACAGAUUUUUAGUAAGUAUUUUUCAGAGGCAAACUAAGUCCUUAUUCUAAUUUUAUUCCUAGGGCAAAAUAGACAGGAAUGAUUUCUUUGAAUCUAUUCCCAAAUUAACACUUUUGUCUUUGGUGUUUUUUUUGUUUUUACACUUUAUGGCCAUGUGGUGCAAUUUAGACAGUAUUGGCCUCUCUCCCCUUAGCUUCAUUCAAAAUGAACUCCCAAAGCCUCAGGAACAGUACAAAGGAUUGACGCUCUCCAUAUGUCAGGCUGGGGGACAUAUUUAGGGUACAGCCAAAUCAAGAAUUCCUGGUGGUCUUGUGCACUUUAAUCUGUUACAGUGAGACUUAAGGGACAAGGAAGAAGUAAACUUAAAGCUGAGCACAGGCCAGCUGCAUGAUUCCGUUUAUUUCUUACUAUUUUACCUCUGCAGACCAUCCUGUGCAGAUUACCACUUCACAGUUGCCAAAUUUUCACAUGCCGACUUCUGAGAUUCACUAUCAGCAGUUAGGCUACUUUGUUCUGUUUCUCAUUAACCUUAGCAACUGUACAUAAUGUCAUAAUCCAGUAGUAUUUGACAGUCCUUAUAUAUGCGUUUGAUAAGCAUUUUUAAUGGGAUUUGUAUUUUUAAAUUUAGUAUGUAAUAAAAAGAUGUGUUUGAGUGUUA